GACGCGGGCGGGAGGACUGGGUUUCCCGCGCGUUCCUGGCACCUGCCUGCGGUGGGAGGCGCGGGCCGAGCCAUGUCGGAGAUCCUGUGCCAGUGGCUCAACGAGGAGUUGAAGGUGUCCCAGACCGUGAGUCCCAAGUCAUUUGCAAAGGCAUUUUCCAAUGGCUAUCUAAUUGGAGAAGUUUUGCACAAGUUUGCACUUCAGGAUGAUUUUGCAGAAUUUUCAGAAAGCAGGAUUUCAAGUGCCAAACUUAAUAAUUUUUCUCGCUUGGAGCCCACACUUCACCUUCUGGGUGUGCAGUUUGAUCGGAAUGUGGCCCACAAUAUCAUCACAGAAAAGCCUGGGGCGGCCACGAAACUCUUAUAUCAAUUGUACAUUGCUCUCCAGAGAAAAAAGAAAGGUGUGCUGACUGGAGUGGAAAUGCAAACCAUGCAACCCCUGACAAAUACAAAAGUUCAAAACGUGAAAAGCGAGACUUUUCAAGAUAGACAUAGAAACCUGAUACCACGUCAAACUGAUUUCAAUCUGACGCAGGUUACACUUAGGUUUCAAGAAAAAUAUAGGCACACGAACGAAGAUCUUGUCCACAUGCAUUUUGAGAAACUUGAAAAAUUUCAAAAACUCCAGGAAGAACAAAGAUCUUUUAAAAUCUAAAAGCAACGCUUGAGCAGAAGACGACAAAAUGAAAUAAUGGCUAAAAUCCAAGCAGCUAUCAUACAGAUUCCUAAACCCACAUCAAACCGUAUUCUGAAAGCACUUGACACUCAAAAAAUGUUGAAAAAGAAAAAAGAGGCAGAGGAUGUGGCCAAUGAGAUUAAGAAGUUUGAAGCAUUAAUAAAAAAGGAUCUCCAAGCAAAAGAAAGUGCAUCCAAGACUUCUUUAGAUACAACAGGCCAGACAACCGCUGAUUUGUUAAACACUUAUUCGGAUGAUGACUACAUUAAAAAAAUCCAAAAGCGCCUCGAAGAAGAUGCUUUUGCACGAGAACAAAGGGAGAAAAGACGGCGGAGACUCUUAAUGGACCAGUUAAUAGCCCACGAAGCACAAGAGGAGGCUUAUCGGGAGGAGCAGCUCAUCAACCGGCUGAUGCGACAGUCCCAGCAGGAGCGCAGGAUCGCCGUGCAGCUCAUGCACGUUCGGCACGAAAAGGAAGUUUUACGGCAAAACAGAAUUUUCAGAGAAAAACAAUAUGAGGAAAGACGGCUUAAAGACUUCCAGGAUGCUCUCGAUCGAGAAGCGGCUUUGGCCAGACAAGCCAAGAUUGAUUUUGAAGAACAAGCCCUCAGAGUUAAGGAAAUUCAUGAGCAGAUUGCCGUGGAAAGGGUUCAAGCUCAUUACAAAAAGCAUUAUUCAAUAUGUGCAGAAAUUUUGGAUCAAAUCCUUGAUUUGUCCACUAAAGUGGCGGACUAUCGAAUGUUGACAAAUAACCUGAUUCCAUAUAAGUUGAUGCAUGAUUGGAAGGAACUGUUUUUUAAUGGAAAGCCCAUAUAUGAGCAAGCAUCUCUUAAACAUCUGCCAGCUAAGCUCUCUGCAGAACAGCUUAUAGAACUGGAGAAAAGGGACUUGCUAGAUAACAAUGAUUAUGAAGAAUAUAAGAACAUGGUUGGAGAAUGGGCCCUACCAGAAGAAAUGGUUGAUAAUUUACCACCCUCCAACAAUUGCAUAUUGGGCCAUGUGAUUCACAGACUAAUUGAAAGUUCUCUUCCUCCUCAAGUUGAAUCAACAGUACCUGAGUUACCUUCAUUUGUUAUAAAAGGAUGCGUGUUGGGGAAAACAUUUAGUGGAAAAACUACUGCUCUAAAGUCUCUAGAGAAAAGCUUUCCUAUUCAGGUACUUUCUAUUGACACUCUCGUCCAAGAAGCGAUCCAAGCAUUUCACAACAAUGAGAAGAUCAGCGGAGCCCUUCAGAAAGCAGCCGAAGAAAAGGCUCUACCAGUUAGGCAAGAGGGUAGUAAAGAAAGCCAGGAUCUGCAAAAUGUAUUUUCAGCUGAAGCAUUACCAGAAACAGAAGAUAAAAGCAGACUUAGUACCAAUACUAGAAAAACACGAAAAGCUGAAGAAGUCAUAACAAGUGAGAGUUUCUCUGAACUCACCGUGCGUGCUCAGCUUGGUGCAAAAUCAGAAAAUUUGCUGAAGAAAGGAAAGAGCAUAUCUGAUAUGUUGCUAGCCAGCAUCAUGGUAAAUGCUAUUAAUCAGAUACCUAUAUAUAAAGGCUGGGUCCUGGAUGGCUUUCCAAUGACAUUAAACCAAGCGAAGCUUCUGGAGGAAGCACUCACAGGCUGCAACAGAAACCUCAUAGAACUGGAGGGAAAGAAAUCACAAAUAUCCACAUUGGCUGUUGACCCUACAACUUCCAGAGAAGUGCCUCUUCCCCCUUCUGCAUUUGAUUUUGUCAUGUUAUUAGAUAUUUCAGAUAAUUCCUCACUGAAUCGCAUGAAUGACAUCAUGGCUGAAGCAUUUUCAAGUGAAACUCCUCAUGAAGACAUCAGUCAACGUGUAGCUGCUAAAAACCAAGAUGUGGAUGAGGACCAGAAUUUAAGAGAUCAAAUACACCAUAGAAUUGUAGGCUUCUUGGACAACUGGCCUUUAUUGGAGCAAUGGUUUACAGAGCCAGAAAACAUUUUGAUAAAAAUUAAUGCUGACAUAGAUAAACAGUCUUUGUGCCAAAAAGUAAAGGAAAUGUUUAUGACUGAAAUAAUGAAAAAAGAGAAUAAAGUGAAAAAGAAAUUAGAAGAAAAGGAAGCUGAGGAAAAAGAAGAAGUUUCCCCAACUGAGGCUACAUCACCUCUCCCUCCUCCCCCUCCUCCUCCUGAACCAGAAAAAGAGAAGGAAGUCCACCCUCAGCAUGAGCGUUCCAAAACUCCUGCUGCAAAAGGAAAACCAGCAUCAGAACCCCUGCAUGGUAAUCGAGAAUCUCUUCAGGAAGGAAAAGGGAAGAAAAGUGAAACUUCACUCAAAAGAAAAGGUUCUCCCAGAGGAAAAUCUCCAGGAGGGAAAGUUCCAGUAAAGAAAUCACCUGCUGACUCUACAGAUGUGUCACCUGCCCCAGUAGUGCCACCCCCAUCUAAGCCAGGAUCAGAAGAAUGGGUGUAUGUGAAUGAACCAAUUCCUGAGGAAAUACGAUCAUUUUUAGUACCUUACUGGAAACUGAUAGAAAAUUCCUAUAUAAAUUCCAUCAAAACAGUACUCAGGCACCUGAGAGAAGGCCAGCAUACGGUGAUUGCUUACUUAUAUGAUAUUAGAACAGGUUUCCAGCAGUUUCUAAGGCGUCCGGACCACAAGCAAGAUUUUGUAUCUCAGUGGCAGGCUGAUUUCAACUCUCUUCCUGAUGACCUGUGGGAUGAUGAGGAAACGAAGGCUGAACUACACCAAAGAGUGAAUGAUUUACGGGACCGCCUGUGGGACAUCUGUGAUGCCCGCAAGGAAGAGGCAGAGCAGGAACGUCUGGCCAUCAUUAACGAGAGCUGGUUGCAGGACUCGACGGGAAUCGCGAUGAACCAUUUCUUCUCACUGAUGCAGGCAGAACUGAACCGUUUCCAAGAUACGAAGAGACUGCUUCAAGAUUAUUACAGGGGAAUGGAAGGUAAAAUCCCAACAGACGACACUAAGAGAUUUACUCAAGUCCCAUUGGUCCAACUGGAUAGUAAAGAUAUUUUGGAAUUCCAGCUUAGAAUUCCCCUAGUUCCUCAAAGACCCAGUUCUCCAGAGCCAGCUUUAUCCAAACCAAAACCAAAAGCCAUACUGAAGGGCAAGAUCGAUUACUCACUGGAAAACAUAGAGUUAAACUUUGAGGCCGCUGAGAAGAUGGUGAUGGACACGUGGCAGCAGUCUUCUUUAGCAAUAUCUCACAUGGUGGCUGCUGAAAUUCAUCAGAGGCUCAUGGAAGAAGAAAAAGAAAACCAGCCAGCAGACGCAAAAGAAAAACCUCCUCAGGUAGCUGCAAAUAAAAAAGUGAAAAAGGAGCCGCCCAAGAAAAAAAAAGAGGACAAAAAAGGAAAAGGUAAAUCCCCACCUAUGGCAGAAACCGCUCCUGUAAUAGUAACAGCAGAGGAGGCUGAAGAAAUGGAAAUAAAAAACAAACUGAGGCUCAGAAUAAAGGAAGAGCAUCUUGCUGCCCUGCAGUUUGAAGAGAUAGCUGCACAGUUCAGACUUGAACUGAUCAAGGUAAAAGCAUUGGCUUUCCUGGAAGAGUUAGUAACAAAGGCAGUUGAUGUAUAUAAACUCAUGGAACAGUGGCUCGGUGAGAGGUACUUGAAAGAAAUGGCCAGUGUGGAAAAAUUAACUGAGGUAGCUCGCUAUCACAUUGAAACAUCAACCAAAAUUCAGAAUGCACUUUAUUUAGACCAAGAAGAUUUCUGCAUUAACGGCGAUAUAAAAGUCUUUCCAGACCUAGCUCCUCCGAUACGCCCUCCACCUGUAGAAAGGGAAGAAAAUGGCACCCUGACCAUCGAACGGCUUGGCAAUCUUCGGGAUCAGUUCUUAGAGAUAGCACCCAAAGGCAUAAUAGGAAACAAAGCAUUUGCUGACAUUCUGCUGGAUUUGGUAACCCUGAAUCUUGGAACAAACAGCUUUCCUAGUAGUUGGAUGAACCUCACUCAACCUGAAUUGCAGGAGUUAACAUCUUUAUUGGUAACAAACUCGGAGUUCGUGGACUGGCGGAAAUUCUUGUUAGUAGUCGCGCUGCCUUGGCCCAUUCCUCUGGAGGAGGAGCUCUUGGAGACCCUGCAGAGAUUCCAGGCUGUGGAUGAGGAGCACCUGGGCACAGUCACUUUCGAGCAGUAUAUGCAGGCUGGUCUGUGGUUUACGGGAGAUGAAGAUAUAAAAAUUCCAGAAAAUCCCCUUGAACCUCUUCCAUUCAAUAGGCAGGAGCAUCUUAUAGAGUUUUUCUUUAGAUUAUUUGCUGACUGUGAGAAGGCUCCACCUCAGCUUGACUACACACAGAUGCUGCUUUAUUUUGCUUGCCAUCCAGACAGUAUGGAAGGUGUCUACAGGGCCCUCAGUGUGGCCACUGGGACUCAUGUCUUCCAGCCAAUUGAAAUGCCUCCUCUUGUUGCAGAAAAGACCUCCUCCUUUACUGAUAUGAGUCCCAUUGAGGAAUAUCCUGAACUUGAAGACAAUUUUAUAAGUGAAGAAAGGGAAUUACAAGAGGAAGGGGAGGAAAAGGAAGAAGAAAUCUCUGAAAAUGCGAACACGGAAAUGAUUUCCAUGGAAACACUACUCAAAGUGUUCCGAGGAGCAAACGAAGCAUGGGACGCUAACAGAUUUGCCAGCCACCAAAAGGCAGAGAACAUGUAUUCAGAGGGCUUCAUAAAAGUAUUUCAGGACCUAGGUUCCAAGAAUCUGGAGCCAAUUGAAGUUGCUGUUCUUCUGAAGCAUCCUUUUAUUCAAGAUCUGAUUUCAAGUUAUCCAGACUAUAAAAUCCCUGAUGUUAAAAUAAUUCUCCAAAGGAGUGAGCAUGUACAAGGAAGUGAUGAAGAGAGGUCUCCUUCAAGACUCACAGAGGAAAAGAAAUGA